CAUACAUCUGUUUCGAGGCACGGGUAUUUUGGGCUCACUUUGUCUGUCGGUGCAGAAGCAGGCAGAGCCGGACGGUGUGCUGCUGUUGAUUCCGUGUGUGCUGUGGUUGCUGCUGCUGUUCUCCUGCUAUCAACCCUAUAGAGGCACAGGCGAGAAGACAGAGACGUCUUAACUCUCCAUCACUUGGAUUAGUUAUCGCCGUUGAACGGAAGUUGCAGCCAUGUAUGACGCGGAGUACGAGCAGGGCCCGUAUGGCGGCGAGGAGGGCGAGGAGGAAAUGCCGGAUACAGAGAGAGAACUCGCCGAGGACGCGGCCUGGAAGAAAAUCCAGCAGAACACGUUCACACGAUGGGCCAACGAACAUCUGAAGCAUGCCAACAUGACCGUCACGGACCUGUCGACCGAGUUGAACAACGGAUUAAAGCUGAUCUCUCUGGUCGAAGUGCUAAGUCAGAAACGUAUGCCAAAGCACAACAAGCGACCCAACUUCCGGUCACAGAAACUAGAGAACAUAUCAGUGGCGCUGAAGUUUCUCGAAGGAGAGGGAAUCAAGAUUGUUAACAUCGAUAGUACAGACAUUGUUGAGGGAAAGGUGAAACUGAUCUUGGGACUAAUAUGGAUGCUCAUUCUCCAUUACUCUAUCUCCAUGCCCAUGUGGGAGGACGAAGAGGGAGCUCCGUGGGAGGCGCCGGCCACUCAGCAGACGCCGAAGCAGAGGCUUCUGGGAUGGAUUCAGAGCAAGGUGCCGGACCUUCCGAUCAACAAUUUCACGACAGACUGGAACGAUGGCAAGGCAGUCGGUGCCCUCGUGGACGGAAUCGCUCCAGGUCUGUGUCCUGACUGGAAGAACUGGGAUCCAAAGAACAAGAAGCCAAACUGCACUGAUGCGAUGCAGCUCGCUGACGAUUGGCUGGGCAUCCCGCAGCUGAUCGACCCAGCAGACGUGUCCAACCCCAAGGUUGAUGAGCUGUCAAUGAUGACAUACCUGUCACAGUUCCCUCAUGCCAAGCUGAAGCCAGGCGCCCCCUUGCGGACGAAGACAGACCCUAGCAAGGUGAAGGCCUACGGUCCAGGCAUCGAGCCCAAGGGAAACCACUCCAUGGCUACCACCAAGUUCACCGUCGAGACGUUCGCCGCCGGCGCGGGCAAGAUCACCGUCACCAUCACCAACCCCAGUGGCAAGGCAGAGCCGUGUCAUACUUCUGGUAAGGGUAAGGUUGACGUCAUCAUCCUCGAUCCCAAGGGACAGAAGAACACGACGCCGGUGAAGCUAACAGACCAGGGAGACGGAACCUACCUCGCGGAGUACAAGUCCAUGCAGGUCGGACUCCACUCCAUUAACGUGUUCUUCGCUGGCAAACCCGUGCCGGGAAGUCCGUUCGGAGUUAGCAUCGCACCGUUAAGUGAUCCAAAGAAGGUUCGUGCGGUGGGUCGCGGCCUGCAGAAGAAGGGAGUGCGUGUGAAGGACGUGGCGACCUUCACCGUCUACACGACUGGAGCAGGAGAAGGUCCCCUUAACAUACGCAUCAUCGGACCAGGUGGCAGUGAGGAGCACUGCAGUGUGAUAGACAACCUGGAUGGCACCUACUCAUGCAGCUAUCAGCCCCUGUCCGAGGGACGGCUCAUUGUACAGAUCACGUGGGGAGGACAGGAGAUACCGAAGAGCCCAUACGAGAUCAACGUUGGAAAGUUCCUGGAAUCCCGCGUUGUCGCCUACGGACCCGGACUGGAGGGAGGAAUGGUCGGACACUCCGCUAACUUCACCGUGGAAACGAACGGAGAAACCGGCGCCCUUGGAGGAGGUAAGAGAGGGAGGAGGAGGACCGCUUCCCCUGCAUCCCUCGCCGCCGCAUUCCUGGCCGCUCACCGCGAUCCAUUUACACACGCAGCUGCCGUCGUGAAGCAGACGAAGACGUUCAAGGUCAUCACCACGGAGACGAUCACCAAGGAGACGAUGACGACGACGUCGAUAACGACGACGAUCACGACUCCCAAGGGCAAGAAGGUCAGCAAGAAGGUGAAGAGGACACCCGAGGGAUUCGUCGUCGAGUUCCUCCCCGAGGAGCUCGGCGAAUACGUCGUCGAGAUCGCCAUCAAUGGCGUCACCUUGCCGACGAGUCCACACAAGGUCAAGGUCGAGCGCGCCGGCCCCCAGGAGGCACCGAUCGCGGCGCCGCAGAAGGCCGCCCCCGUCGAGGCCGCCCCUGUACCGCAGCCGAAGAAGGUGGCGCCGGUGAAGGGCGCCCCGGGCGGCCCCAAGGGGGCGCCGGCAGCACCAGGGGCGCCGGCGGCACCAGGGGCUCCCGACCCGAGCAAGGUGCGAGCAUGGGGACCCGGCUUGGAGCACAGUCCCGUCAACCAGCCGGCGGUGUUCACGAUCGACACACGCGGUGCGGGGCCAGGGGGCGUCGGCGUCACCGUAGAGGGUCCGUCGGAGACGCCCAUAGCAACGCGUGACAACGGUGACGGCACCUGUAACAUCAGCUACGUACCGACGGCCGUCGGCGACUACGCGGUCAACGUGUUGUUCGCUGACCAGCCGAUCACCGGCUCACCGUUCCACGCUCACAUCACGCCCCUCGACGUCAGCCAGGUCAAGGUCACGGGGUCGGGAGUGCAGCCGGAUGGUGUGUUCCUGGAUUCCACUACGGAGUUUGUGGUCAACGCUCAGCCAAUCGCUCCCACGGGUCAGGGCAAGGUCAAGGCCACCGUCGUCAGUCCGCAGGGAGUGAAGACAGACGCACCCGUGAAGAACAACAACGACGGAACAUACGUCUCGUCCUACACACCCUUCCAACCAGGACCGCACAAGGUUGACGUGACGUAUGAGAACGUCCCGGUCCCCGGCAGUCCGUUCAACGUCAACGUUGUCCCCGGCAACGACCCAAACCGCUGCCGUGCGUUUGGUCCCGGACUGCAGAACGGCGUCACCGACGUUCCCGCUCUGUUCACCGUGGAAACGAAGGGUGCAGGCGCAGGAGGCCUGGGUCUGGCCAUUGAGGGUCCGUCGGAAGCCAAGAUGACGUGCAAGGACAACAGGGAUGGAAGCUGCUCUGUAGAAUACCUUCCCACAGAGCCGGGAGACUACGAUGUGUCCAUCAAGUUUGCUGAACAACACAUCCCAGGAAGUCCGUUCCACGUGCACGUGACGGACACGGUGGAUGCUACGAAGGUUCGUGCGUACGGACCGGGGCUGGAGCCGAGGAAUUGCCGUGCCGGAAUCCCUGUCUCGUUCAAGGUCGACUCAAGGAACACGGGCAAGGCUCCCCUCAACGUGCAAGUCACGUCCGAUAGAGGACCCGUCCCGCAGCCACAGGUCACCGACUGCGGCGAUGGAACCCACGACGUCACCUACAUGGUGCCGACGACAGAGGGCGCCACUGUCGAUGUCAACCUCAACUACGGCGGACAGAACGUUCCAGGAAGGUCUGUGUACCUGAGUGAACCCAGCAACCCGGCAGCAGUGAAGGUGCAUGGCCCCGGCAUCGAGAAGGGAGUGACCACCAACCACCCGACACACUUCACCGUCGACUGCACCAAGGCUGGACCAGGCGACGUUCAGAUCGCGCUGACCAACGACAAGGGUCAGGACGUCCCGAUCGACAUCCACGACAACAGCAACGGCACCUUCACGAUCGCGUACAAGCCGGCCGCCGUGGGUCCGCACACCGUAGCUGUCCUGUUCGCGGGCCAGGAGGUCCCGCACAGCCCCUACAAGGUUCACGUCAACCCAAGCUUCGACGUCAGCAAGAUCCACGUCGAGGGACUCGACACACGCUUUGCCAUUGAGGGACCGUCCCAGGCUCGCAUCGAAUGCCACGACAACGGCGACGGCUCGGCUGACGUUAAAUACUGGCCGACGGCCCCCGGCGACUACUUUGUUCACGUUCUGUGUAGCGAGCAGGACAUUCCUAACAGCCCCUACCAUGUCAAGAUCUUCCCCAAGGAUGACAGCGUGCACCCAGAGAACGCCCCCAACGGCGAGCCCUGCAAGGCCUCCAUCGUGGACAACCAGGACGGCACCUACAAGGUGGACUACCUCGCAGAGGACGUCGGUCGCUACACGAUCGACGUGAAGUACGGAGGCAGACCCGUCCCCGGCGGUCCCUUCACCACCGACGUCGUGCCCAGCGGCGACGCCAGCAAGGUCAAGUUCAGAGAGCCGAUGCCCAGUGUCGUUGCCGUGGACGAGGAGUACAUUGUUACCUUGGAUACGGCUAACGCCGGCAACGGUAACAUCACGUGUCGCGUGCGCAGCACGAGCGGCAAGGGCGACGUAGACAUAGACAUCCAAGACAACGGCGACGGAACGAUGAGCGUCUUCUACAGACUUAAGGAGCAGGAUCAAUACAGCAUCAACAUUAAGUUUGGCGGCCAACCCGUGCCGGAGGGAGAUUUCACCGUCACCGCCAGCCGCGAGGAGGUUGUCACUCAGGAGAAGAUCGAGACAGUGCGUCAGACCGCCACUAAGAAGUACAGACAGGUGCAACUGGAGAAGAUUCCGAUAGCAAAUGGCCCCCUCACGGGCAGUGUGACAGGUGAGAUAACGACACCAUCUGGACAGAAGGACAUCCCGCGUCUGCAUGACAACAAGGAUGGCACCGUGACGGCUAUGUACCAGCCGAUCGAGGCGGGACUCCACGAGCUAGCCAUCCGCUACGACGGAUACCCCGUACAGGGCAGCCCGUUCCAGUUCCACGUUGACAACAUCACGUCAGGCAACGUGACGGCUUACGGUCCCGGUCUGAUGCACGGCGUCGCCGGUGAACCCGCGACCUUCACCAUCGUCACCAAGGACGCCGGCGCCGGAGAAUACAACGUGAGCAUCAAGUUCAACGACGUGCACAUCCCCGAUUCUCCCUUCAAGGUCAACAUCGCUCCCACCGUCGGUGAGGCCCGGCGUCUAGAGGUCGGCUCUAUGCAAGACACCGUCAAGGUAAACACUCCGGCGGCGUUCACCGUUAACUUCCAUGGAGCCAAGGGUGACCUUGAUGCCAAGGUCAUCUCUCCCUCUGGUGCCGAGGACAAGGCGUUCAUCGACCAGGUUGACAAAGAAUCGUACGCGAUCCGCUUCGUUCCGCGUGAGAACGGCGUUCACUACGUUCACGUUACCCUGAACGGCAUUCACAUCCGCGGCUCUCCGUUCCGUGUGCUGGUAGGCGAGGAGGGCCAGGGUGAUCCUGGCAGGGUCAGGGUCUACGGAGAAGGCCUCACCCACGGCAACACAGGUAGUCCGUUCACGGUGAAGGUAGACGGUGAAGGAGCGAACACACAGAUGGAGCGGAUUAUCCGUCGCACUGAGACGGCCUCCGUCACUAACAUCGGCAGCGAGUGCGAACUCAACCUCAAGAUACCCGAUACGAACCCUAACGAGAUGAUGGCACACGUGACGAGUCCGACCGGUCGUACGGAGAGCUGCACAGUGCAGCAGGUCGCUGACAACAAAUACGGAGUCAAGUUUGUGCCGAAGGAGAUGGGAGUUCACACGGUCAGCGUGAAACACAGGGGCAUGCACAUACCAGGCAGUCCGUUCCAGUUUACUGUAGGCGCUGCAGGAUGGUGGUCACACAAGGUUAGAGCUGGACGUCCCGGUCUGGAGAGAGGGAGAGGAGAAGGUCGUAAGAAGGCUCAGCUCUCCAUCGGCACGUCGAGCGAGGUUUCGCUGAAGGUGGAUGAGUCGGACGUGCGCACGCUGUCUGCAACCAUCCGCAGCCCCUCAGGCAUCGAGGAACCCUGCUUCCUGAAGAGACUCGCCAACGGUCACCUAGGUAUCUCCUUCACGCCUCACGAGAUGGGAGAACACCUAGUGAGCGUGAAGAGAAACGGCAUGCACAUCCCCAACAGCCCCUUCAAGGUCAACGUGGGUCAGAAGGAGAUUGGCGAUGCCAACAAGGUCAAGGUUCACGGCCCGGGCCUGCAGCAUGGCGUCACGCACACACUCAAUGAGUUCACCGUCGACACUAAGGAUGCUGGUUACGGCGGACUGUCGCUGUCGAUCGAGGGACCCAGCAAGGCGGACAUUGACUGUAGAGACAACGAGGAUGGCACCUGUAACGUCACCUACAAGCCGACCGAACCGGGAACCUACGUCGUCAACGUCAAGUUUGCCGACCAGAACGUCCCAGGUAGUCCGUUCACGGUGAAGGUGAUGGCUGAAGGACGCAAACACAACAGAUGGAAAUCGUACAGCGAUCCGCUCGUUCCGCGUUGGAGAACGGCGUUCACUACGUUCACGUUACCUGAACGGCUUCACAUCGCGCUCUGGCCGUUCGCCGCGUGCGGUGGGAGGCAGGGCCAGGCCGGUAUCCUGGCAGGGUCGGGGUCUACGGAGAAGGCCUCACCCACGGCAACACAGAGUAAUCAGUCAUGCAUAGCAACGCAGGUGGCGCAGGAGGAAACGCACAGAUGUGUGCGCAGGGCCGGCGGCGACAUCGAGGAGCAGUCUAGCAUGGUUGUUGAGACCGUUACCAAGACGACGACGACGCAGAAGUUUUCGUCUGCUCUGCCGACGGCUCCGUCCGACGCCAGCAAGGUGACGUCUCAGGGCAUGGGACUACAGAAGGCCUUCCUGCACAAGCAGAACACGUUCACUGUCAACGCAACGCAGGCCGGCAACAACAUGCUGAUGGUGGGAGUGUUUGGUCCGCGCGUUCCCUGUGAGGAGAUCGUUGUGCGACACACGACCCGCCAGCAAUACACCGUCAACUACGUUGUCAAGGAGAAGGGAGAAUACGUGCUAGUCGUCAAGUGGGGCGACGACCACAUUCCCGGCAGCCCCUACCACGUGUCCGUCUAAACGCACGCGAGCGAGCGAGCGAGAGAGAGAGCGCCCUCUGACGGCAACGACUUUCUCGCGACGCCGUAAUUUGAUUAGACUGCGUGAGGUUAGAGGGCGCCGGUUGCCACCCGCGCGCACUUUGCCUACCGACGCUGUAAACCCCGGGAUCGCCAUCUUACCUACGGAAUGUGUCUGGCGCCAUGCUGCAGAUCCUUGGUUAAAGCGUUGCUGCCGUCGUCUGAAAAAAUUUGGCAACUGUGUAUUGUAUGUCCGUGCAGCAGAAUAACGAUUGAAGGGUGGAUUCGUUUUUUACUUAUCAAAGUACCGUCUACAUCGCUGUUCUUAGAGUAACGAAAUUAUUUUACCGCUUCUUGUCAGAUCAGGAAAUUAGGACUUGCUCACUUUGCCGAAGUUUUUUUUAACCCACAAUUAUAUUUUCUAUGAGUUGACACUGUUUAUAGGUAACUUGUAAUCGUGCAUGUCUGUGUUGAAGAAAGGUGAAGAAAUGUGAAAAUAUUCUCAGUAUAGAAUCUCUAAAAUUUUAUUCUAAGUCUGUUUUAGCAGCAAUUUUUAAUAUCAGCUCCUCAUUGCUAUCACAUCAUUUGGUGUGUACUCUCUACUGCUGCAGGUAUGUAUGGGAAAAAUUUCAAGGAUUUUAUUUUGUCUUUAUCAUAUGCUUAGUUUUACCUAGUAUUGUUACUCCCUCUGUGUGUUUUGCUUCUUUGAAAAUUAUAUGUAUACAUUGAGUAAUGUCCAAGGGUUACACAAGUGUAUUGUAAUAGUGCCUUGAGAGGGUUUCUCAUUCAAUACUCUUUUGUAAGAUGGUGCUAAAUUGCUUGCCUUGUGUGGUGUUAAAAACAUCUGUGUCAAAAUUCAACUAACAAAGCAGCAUUUAAGUGGAGAUGUGCGCAAUGAAUUGUAGAUUGUUAGUAGUGGACUGGUGUUGGAAAUUAAAGCAUGGCAUGAGAAACGAUAAAAAAACAUUGUUAAGAAGUAUUUAAGACAAGAUCAGCUAUUUAUAUUCUUCUAUAUAUGGGAUAUGGUAUAUCAGAAAUUUUAAUAAAGUUUAAAAAUCGA